UUGUCAUGGUCAUCCAAUAGCACUCUGCCCAUCUGACGCCUGGUGGUCUGGUCACCAACAAAUCUAGGUUGCCAAGGGGGUGGACCACGUCUCUAGCGCUCCCCAAACAGCUGCAUCCCGCACAAAAGACGCACGCCAUGAUCCGCAGAACCGGCACAAACCACGCAUUAGGUGGCAUCCGGUUUUUUUUUUGCCAUCGUAUCUGCUGUGUUGCCUGCGUGCCUGCCUCUUUCUCUUGUCCCCCAAUCCGCCAGAUCUCGGUGUAUAAAUACCCGCUUGAUCUCCCCUCAUUUCUCCCUGUUAUUCCACCAUCAGCUUCCAAUCAUCUCACACUCAUCAAUACAAAACCAACAAUCAACUCUUAACCAACAAACCCCAAACAACUAUCAAAAUGGGUGGCUCUUGCAACUGCUCCGGCUCCGCCUCUAGCUGCUCUUGCGGCUCUGACUGUAUGUCACCCCACCCCAUCACGAACGACCUCUCCUCUCCUGUCUUUCACAUUAUUAACAACUCACCUAUAGGCUCCUGCUCUGGAUGCAAAUAAGUCAUUCCCUCACUCGCACACAACACACACACACAACACAAAUUUUGCGCGAUACCCCUUUUUCACACUCUCUUCAAUCAACACACUUUGUUGCCAGCAUGGCAUAGGAUAUCUUGGGUCGGUCGGUCUGUUAGUCGGUUAGGGUUAUGAUGGGGACACAAUCAUGAGAAUAACACAACUACUUUCCUUUUGACACGCUUUGUCUUUUGAAGUGAAUAAACUUUGUGGAAACCAUUUUCCCCAUUUUCUACCCUCCCGUGAAGUGUACAUUAGCUCCAGUUUGCAGUUAGGGUUAUGUGUGACACUGCUCACAUCCUCCACCCACCUCACCUUCUCGCCUUCCAACAUCCCAAAAAUGCAAACAUUUUCCCAUAUUUAUACUCGACAGUCCAAUCGCGAGAGAUCUCAAACUUUUCAUCUUUCCCAAUGACACCCUAAGCGAGCACCAACAACCCCUCACAUCUCACAUCCGGCCCCACCACCGACCGACCCGACCGGCCGGGCACGGUCCAAGCCCGGCCCCCAAACCAACAACAAACCACCCGUCCCUUCGGCCAAGGAGUUGAGUUGGUCCUGCAAAGUCCUCCACCACCAGCAACACCAAUGUUUGCUUCUCUCCCUCGGAAUUUUCCAUUGGUCGCUUUCUCGGACUCCACAAAACCAUUCUAUUUUUCCUUCCAGCCCGCCCAGACGACGACCGCAAAUUGACCACAGCUUGUUUUGAGUGACGGGAUCUACUGUACAUAUCCGUUCCCCCUUGCCUAUUCCUAAGACCAGGAUCAAAUGUAAGCUUAACAGAAAGCUGAUGCCGAAAAAUCCCAUUGCUCCAAGGUGCCCGCCUCCUUCGGUGGCCAAACCCGACAACCUCACAUCUGAUACCAGACCAAAAGUUCGCAUAAUAACCCAAAACAUCCAUCCACACGGGGACGGGAAGGAUUUCCAAGACUUGUAUACAAAGCCACCUUUUAUAAGUGAUACAUGGCCCCCCCAAGUCCGAGCCCGUGUUCACAUGGAUGUUCUUGUCCCCCUCUUUUUGCUUUCUCACUCUUGACGAACAGUUUGACGACGGGAGCAGCUAGCAAGCGAUAUACAACACACUUCUGGGAGAGAAUGCAACAUAACUGAGGAUCUCCAUCGAAAAGCAACCGCAGUCGCAGCAGGCAGCAAAUGAAGACCGGUCGAUUGCUACUCUCGGUUACUGUGGGCGUGAUAGCACAAGUUGAUGUAGUAGCGACGGUGGUGAGGGGGAGGGCGCUGAAUCCCGCUAUCCCACCAAGCAACCUCCCCCACGAACCCAUCCACCACCUGUCUCCCCGACAAGACCAAGAACCAGAACCCCCGCGAAGAACGACCAUAAUAACAGCCCGCACCACCAUCACCACCCGCCUGUCCUCCCGAACCCCAUCCCCUUCCUCCAGAACCGAAGAUGACGAUACGACAAAAACCGAUGACACUCAAACAACCACCAGCGCGGUAGAAACCUCCACAACACUCAGCGCAACAGAAACUACCUCCCCCGCCGCCAGCGCCUCCCCCUCCGCAGCCGAACCACCCCUUCCCCCUUCAGAAGAGGGAAGCGGUCUAUCCCCCGGCACAGCAGCCGGGAUAGCAGCCGGGGCAGUCGCAGCCGUCGCUCUCAUCGCCCUCAUCAUCUUCCUCCUCUGGCGCAAGAAAAAAGGCGGGAUCCGCGGUGCAGUCGUCACGGCUGAUUACCCUGACACGAUGAACAUGGUUGACAAUACCAAGCCGCAGCAAUACCCUGAACCGACCCUUCCAGGUGAUCUCAGCAGUAGGAACGGUUCUGUCACAAACGAUGACCCCUUCUUUCACAAAGACGAGUACGCAUUCGCUGCCGCGGGCGCGAGGAGGCAGUCGAGUUUCUCUCCGUCGCAGGUUGGCGUAGCGGUGGGUGGGAGUCCGGGGGGGCAGGGGCAGGGGCAGUAUGGGGGGUACCAACGGGAAGGGCAGCAGCAGUAUGGGGCUUACCUACCCCCCCUACCAACACAAGAACAACAGAAGUUUGCGAUGGUAGGAUCGCCGGGUCAAGAGCAGCAGCAGCAGCAACACAUUGCCUUUGCCCAGACUUCACCCGGCCAACCCCAGCAGCAGUUUGCUUAUGCCCCGAAUCAGGGAUACUACCAACAGCAGCAGCAGCAGCAGUACAUCCCCUCCUCUCAAGGCGGUGACCUCGGCGCAAACGGCGUGCCCUACCGCCCAGUAAGCGCCUUCACAGCUUAUCCUUCCCCAGGGCACCCGAUCCUCCCGGUGUCGCCCCUGACGCCCCACCGGCAGUCGCUCGGUAUGGCCUCACAGGCAUCACCAUAUUAUCCGCCGCACCCAUCACAGCCAUCCCGACCACCACAGGGCCCAGAAAAUGUUGCGAGCCCGAAUCUACCCAACUUCAUGAUACCCGGGGGCAUCAAGUCGAGAGCGAUGAGUUUCAGCGCCUCACAGCCGCAGUAUGAAGGGGAAGCAAGGCAAGAAUGGGCAGCACCACCACCACCAGUACCAGCAAUGCCCACAGCCGUGGCUCUGAUCUCACCCCCUCUCUCUCCCCUAAGGAGAAACCCUGUAUAGAACCUUUGUAACAACAGAACAGUCGCGUAAAUAAAAGUUGUCCUCGUUCUA